UUCUUUCUUCUCUUUUCAUUUUCUUUCUUUCCCUCUCUCUCUCUCUCUAAACCGUCGGAAUUGGUGGAGUUGUGAGGGAAAAGGUUGGUGGAGGGUUGUUCCUGAUGCUUUGAGCUGGGAGGAAGCUAUUGAGCAAGGAACCCGGUUGAGGAAGCUUCCAAUUUGAGGUCGCUCCUCCUUGGACGAUGAGCUCCGGAGUAGUCAUCAACUGGGUUCAUCGUAAAAGCCUUCCUAGUGGACGGUCCCGUCGGGAGGUAGCUGAGGGCCCGACAAAAAAGGAUUUAGUUGGAGUAAUGGCACCACGGCGUUCCACGAGAUCUACUCAAGCAUCGCCUCCUAGGAUGCCUGAGCAGUCUGGAUUUGAUGAGGUUCGAGAGCUGCGUGCUCAAGUGACCGCGUUAGCUCGGUCAAUGCAGCGGCAGGAGGAGCGAAUAGAGAGGCUGCAGGAUUUGGUGUCGCGGCAGGCGACAGCGGCUGCACCUGUGAGUCAGGAUAUGCCUGCACCUGCGGCGUCGGCGACAGCAUCUCCUGUUCCGGCGACUACUCCUCCAGUGGCUGCUGGCCCUUCAUUUCCCGAUAAAGCCGCGUUAGAGGCCGAGCAGGAGCGAUCGCUUACAGUGUUGACAGCGUUCAUGAAGUUUAAUCCUCUUAUGUUUGACGGAGACGUGAAAGACCCUUGGGCGAUGGAGUCGUGGCUUACUUCUAUGGAAGUGUUAUUUGAGGAUAUUUAUACUUUGGAGCAGGACAAAGUUUAUUUAGCCGCGCAUUGUUUUGAGAGAUCAGCUCAGGUUUGGUGGAAAAGGGUCAAGAAAAAUCGAUCUCCAAAUCUUCCACCGAUUACUUGGAAUGAAUUUCGCGACCUACUGUUUAUGGAGCACUUUCCAGAUAGUGAUAAAAGGAAGAUGAAAGAAGAUUUUUGCAAGUUGAGACAAGAAAAUCGUUCAGUGCGAGAGUAUGAAUGGGAGUUUUCACACUUGGUGAACUGUGUUCUGAGUAUGAUUCAUGGGGAUCGAGAUCGGGCAGAAUGUUUUGAGAGGGGGUUGCGACCCGAGAUAUUCGAGGUGAUACAUGCCUUCAAGUUAAAGACUUUUGAGGAAGUUUUGGAGCGAGGUAAUGCGAUUGCGCGUGAUGAACGCGAUUCGUUUGAAAGGGAAAAGGAAAGGGAAAAAGGAAAGAAGCGGACCACAAGUGGUUCCGGGGGACAGUCAAGUUCUAAACGGCCUCCUCGGUAUCCACAAGCACAGUCGAAGUAUCAGGGACCUUCCAUAUGUGUUAUUUGUGGCGGGAAUUAUCGACCAUCGACCUGUUCACAGCGUAAGGGGAGGUGAUAUAGGUGCAACCAGCCUGGACACAUGAUUCGGGAGUGCCCGAGUGGAGCAUCGCCUGCCCCGUCAGCCGCAUCAGUUCA